UCCAGCGCAUUGCCAGCUGGUUCGGUUCGGUCCAAAAAUAAACAAACCCAAACAAUUGGAGCUCUCUUUUGAAAGGCGGAGAAGGAAGAAGAUCCCCUGCCAUGAAUGGUUCCUGGAAACUGGUUCUGCCUGUGGGCUUUGUACUCUAUUCGCUGCCAUUGUUCCUGCGGGUGAACGGCACCUCAGACUAUGUAAUCGACGAGGAGUUUCACAUCCCACAGGGAUUGGCCUUUUGCCGCAAAGAAUUUGAUGUAUGGGAUCCCAAAAUAACAACGUUUCCGGGCCUGUACCUGAUAACCCUUAUUCUCAAUCCUUUUAACCUAUGCACAGUGACUGGUUUGAGGAUGCUUAGCUUGGCCGGUGCCGGUAUCAAUAUCCUUCUGCUCUACAAGAUCAGAAGGCGUAUCCUAGCCGGCUCUGGGGGUAACUCGUAUGCUGCCCAUGAGGCUAUCACGAUGUCUGUGCUUCCGCCACUCUACUUCUUCAGCCAUCUAUACUACACGGACACCCUGUCGCUGACCAUGGUGCUCAUGUUCUAUAACUAUUGGCAACAAGAGGCACAUCUGCCGGCGGCGGUUUUUGGAGCCGCCAGUGUGCUUAUGCGUCAGACAAAUAUCGUGUGGAUCUGCAUGGCCACUGGGAUGACCGUGCUGGACACCUUGAUACAUCAAUGCGCUCGAACUAAGGCCGUUCCCAAGGAUAAAAUUCAAUUAUUGGGCAAGCAGUUAUGGAUACAGCUUUUCAGUAGCCCCCAAUUACUGUGUAAUUGCAUUUUAAGCAUCUUGGCGAAAUGCUGUUUCUACGCUUCAAUCAUUCUACCCUUUGUGGGAUUCUUGUUCAUCAAUGGAUCCAUUGUGGUGGGUGACAAGAGUGCUCACGAAGCCAGUUUGCAUAUACCGCAGCUCUUCUACUUCGCUGUCUUUGCCGCUGGAUUUGGAAUAUCAAAUACCAUACGCCAAUUUCGUCCGGCAGCGGAUCUAAUCCGUAGAAACCGCGUAUUAUCCAUCUUGGCGAUGCUGCUAAUAAUGCUGGUGGUGCACCUAAACACUGAGGUGCAUCCAUAUCUACUAGCCGACAACAGGCAUUAUACCUUCUACGUUUGGAGCCGUCUUUACGGACGAUUCUGGUGGUUCCGCUACGCCAUGGCACCGGUAUACCUGUUCUCUAUUUACGUACUUUUCUGCGGACUUCGUCACAUGCCGGACAGCUUUAAGUUGAUGUUCCCGCUCAGUCUUUUCCUAGUGCUGUGCUUCCAGCGGCUCUUAGAGCUGCGAUACUUCCUAGUGCCCUACAUACUCUUCCGGCUGAACACGAGAUACACUCGCAAGGGCUACGCUGAGUGGUUGGAACUUGGGGCCCAUCUGCUCCUAAAUGUGGCCACAUUUUAUGUGUACUUCACCAAAGAGUUCUACUGGCAAAAUUACCGCGCUCCUCAAAGGAUCAUUUGGUAGUUCCUGCAACCUGCAUUCCUUACAAACUAAAAGCGUAGAUCGAAAUAAUACAUACGUUUUUUGGCAUUUACAAAAUAAAACCGCUCGGCAUUUUCAA